AUGUCAACCAUUAAACGUAAAACGAACGUUAAACUACCAUCUCAGGAAGAUGAAAGUAAUAAUGUAACUACAACAGGAUCUGAUCAAUCAGAAUCAAACAUUUCUCGUAUUUUAUCAUCUUCAGUAUCUGGUGCUUCAUCCCUUGUAAUUUUACAACUUAUAAGCAGACUUGCAACUUUUGGUUUGCAUCAAAUUGUGCUUCGUUAUACCGAUCCAGCAACAUUUGGUAUUGCAUCAGUUCAAUUAGAAUUAUUAUUAGCUACUAUCUUGUUCUUAUCUCGUGAAGGAUUCAGAUGUGCCUUAUUGAGAGGUGAUGAUGAGACCAUUGUAGUGGACAAUAAUAAUAAUUCCAAAGAAAAAACUGUACCGGCGGAUUCUGCAAAAGGUUCUAUGCAAAAAAUUACAAAUUUAUCCUAUAUUCCUAUUCCCGCUGGAAUAAUUACAACUUUCCUUGCUUGUUCAUUCUACGUAUAUUAUGCUCCUGAAGAAACUUUCAACACACCAUAUUAUGUAACGUCAGUUGUUUUAUAUGGUAUAUCUGCUUUUGGUGAACUUAUAAUCGAACCACUUUUUGUAACUGCUAUGAAUAACUUGAUUUUCAAACUUCGUGUAAGCUGUGAAGGAAUAGGUGUAAUUGUUCGUUGUAUCAUUACACUUGUACUUACUCUUUUAGGUGCACGUGGAAAUGAUGAAAAAAAUCCAAACACUUUUGGUAUUUUGGCUUUUGCUGUGGCUCAAUUCGCUUUUACAUUAGUAAUUAUGGCUGGUUAUAUUGGUUACUUUGUUUCUAAAUGGGAUAUUUCUUUGUUGAUGCCACGAAAAUUACGUGAUAAAAACAAUAAAGAAUUUUGGUUAGAUGAUCAUCUCUUUAGCCUUGCAAAAACAUUUACAAAACAAUCAAUAUUAAAACAUAUAUUGACCGAAGGUGAUAAAAUGUUGAUAGCAUGGUUGAGCAGUCCAGCAGAUCAAGGAAUUUAUGCUUUUGUUGUAAAUUAUGGUUCUUUGGUUGCUCGUAUCUUAUUUCAACCACUUGAGGAAACUGGCAGAACAUUAUUUUCUAAGCUUUUAACUAAUGUCGACAAAAAAGAUGAAAAAAUGGUCAAUUCACAAAAAACAGCAUUGUUCACAUCAUUAAAAGUUUUAACAACAUUAAUAAAAUUUCAUAUACUUCUUGGACUUUUGUUUAUCUGCUUUGCUACGAAUUACACUGGAACAUUGAUUGAUCUUCUCGUUGGAUCUGUAUGGUCACAAUCUCUUGCACCAAUAGUGUUAUCUGCUUAUUGUUUAUAUGUUCCAAUUAUGGGUGUUAACGGAAUAACAGAGGCAUUCGUAGCCGCAGUUGCAACUGAAGAGACUCUUAGUACCUUAAAUUAUUGGUUAAUAUCAUUUUCUGCAGGAUUUGUUGGUUCCGGCAUAAUUUUCAUGAAAGUAUUUUCGGCUGGUGCAUUUGGAUUGAUUGCAGCUAAUGCAUUUAAUCUUUCAACACGUAUUACUUGGAGUUGGAAUUUUAUUCAAAAUUACUUUUUAAAAAAUCGUAAUUAUUCUCAAAGUGAAGUAGAGGAAUUACAGCGAAUGUUAUCUUUAUCAAAUCUUUUGCCAAGACUAUUAGUAUUGAUAUCAUUCUUUAUAUCUUGGGUUGUAACUUUUUGGUCUAAUGAACAUAUUGGAUGGGCGACUAUGGGUGCAAAGAUAAAACAUACUGGAAUCGGUUGUUUUUGCGCGAUUAUUGUCGCUG